UUCACGAGUUUUUUUUUUUUUUUUUUACGAGCUUCUUCCUUCAAGGCAGUCGUUAAACCGCAGAGACGAAGACAAAAGGCUCUUCACAAUUAAAAUGCUCCGAUUCAAUUUCCGUCGUCAAAUCUCCAAUUCCACCGGAAUCUAUCGCCGGAAACUACACAGCGGUCUCGAAGAUGCCGGUCCGAUGGCAUCGAGGCUCAAAUCCCGGUCCGUUGUCCGGUUUAGCGGACCGGACACAAUUAAGUUUCUCCAGGGACUGUUGACCAACGAUGUGCGGAAGUUCGGCGAAUCUUCCGGCGAGAAAAGCUCGACGGUUCCUACUCCGAACAUGCCUUCCGUUUCCACGCCGCCUAUGUACGCGGCGCUGUUGACUCCUCAGGGGAGGUUUCUGUACGAUUUCUUCUUGUAUAGACCGACCCGACCCGAUGAAAAACUCGAUCGGACGGGCUCCGGACCCGGGUCGGAUCCGGGUCGUGAUGGGUCGGUAGAGCUGUUUGCAGACGUUGAUGUCUCUGUCCUCGAUGAACUGCUGGAAACACUCAAAAAAUAUCGUUUGAGGUCCAAAGUGGAUAUUGAGAACGUUGCAGAGGAGUUCUCGUGUUGGCAGCGUUACGGUCGGAACCUUUCUGAAUCUUCUUCUGUGGGCUGGGGAGGUGGUGUAGAUCGUGCUGGUGAAUCUACAGCUAGUGGUAAUAAGUAUGGAUGGCAAUGGUACGAGGAUCCAAGGUUGGAUUGUCUCGGUUACAGAAGCAUUUUUCCUUCUGAUACAACUCCGCCUUUAGUUGAAGCAGAUAAAGAAACAGAUGAAAGUAAUUACCUUUUGUGGAGACUAGAGCAUGGAGUUGCUGAAGGAUCAGCUGAAAUACCUAAAGGUGAAGCAAUCCCGCUUGAAUAUAAUUUUGUGGGUCUUAAUGCAAUAAGCUUUGACAAAGGAUGUUACGUUGGUCAAGAGCUUAUAGCUCGUACUCACCACCGAGGUGUCAUACGCAAACGCUUAAUCCCUUUACGAUUUACUGACAGCAAUGGAAAAGAGGUAAACCAGAAGAUCGCAGCUGGAGCUGAAGUGGUUGAAUCAGGGAGCGGCAAGAAAGUAGGGACAGUUUCAACAGCUUUGGGUAGCCGAGGAAUGGGAGUGAUGAGAGUAGAGGAAGCCUUUAAAGGCUCCACUGAAUUGAUGGUAAACGGGUCAGAGGACGUGAAGGUCGAGGCGAUCAAACCGUCUUGGUGGCCGGCUGAGUGGUUUCAAGAGAAUCAAUCAGGGGUUGCCUCUGCUUAGUUACUACUUUCUUGAGGUAAACGAAAACUUUUAACAAAAUCGUGUGGCGAGAGAAGCUGCCUUUUUAUGUUAGUGGCAGGCAACAAGAAAGUUAGUAGCUUUGUGUUGUAUUCUACUGUUCAACAAAUAAUAAAUGUUGAAACUUUCCAGGUCGCCUGGUAGUUUUGUACUGACUGCAACUAGUUUUGAUGCAUACUCUUGUCAAAUUUUAAGUUGAGUGUCAAAAACGGGAA